UAAAUACAGAUCAGGGAUUUCGUAUGGCUCAUUCAGUGCUCCAGACCACCAGAAAACGUAACCUGUCCUCAGCAUCCUGAGACAUGAACCCUCUGCUCCAAAUCACAGGAUCUCUCAGGCCAGUUGCCCUAACCCUGAUGCUCCUCAUGGCCACGGCUGCUUUCCCCACCCCAGGUUCCUGGGAGAAAGGAUUUACAGGGUAUGAGCUCUCAAGCAAACUGCCGUCCAGCAUUCCUGACCUGGAUUCAAUAGUGAAUCACGCCAAAUAUCUCGAGAAGACAGCGUCCGACCUGAAAGAGGAGAUCUGUAGGAUCCAUAACCUGUGUGACAAUAGUAAUGAGGCACUCGCCGAAAACAACCUGCUUCUUCCCAAUAUCACAGAGCGAGAUGGAUGCUUACCUUCGUCAUUCAAUGAGGAGACAUGCUUGAUAAAGAUCAUCAGUGGUCUUCAAGACUUUGACAUAUUUCUUAACUACAUGGAAACUGAGAUGGAGGAUAACAGGUUUCAAACCCUAAAGCUGAGCACUACUCAAUUAGCCAACACUCUGAAGACCGUGAUCAAAAAGACAGAUCUAGUUCCCACCACCAACCCAACUACCUCCAGUAUCCUACUCUCCGAACUGCAGUCUCUGACAGCCUGGUCUAGGAAGGUGGGUUUCCGUCUCAUCCUGUGGCACUAUACCCGCUUCAUCCAGGGGACUGUCCGGGCUGUUCGGUAUCUGAAAACCAGGAGUCUCGAUGCCUGAACGUUUUAGUUCAUGCCCCUUCCUUCCUUCACUGAAAAAAAUCUGUCUAGUGGGCAGAUGAUCGUGUUGUUCUCUGUGAAGAACCAAAAAGUAUGACCAAUAAGGCGCUACUUCUGAUUAUUUUUAAUUAAUUUAUUUGUAUUUAUGUAAUAUUUAUUCCCCAUAAUGUAAUAUUAAUUUAUAGAUUUAAAACAUCUAUUUUCUAUUUUGUUGAUAAGUUAUCCGAAGAGAGGAAUUGCCAUCCUUGUUUCCUAGCUGCAGAACCAAGAGAUCCCUUGAGUAGAUUUUACCUCCAGUGAUGUGCUAAUUAGAGGGUUAACUUUGGGAUCAGAAAGCUUGAAUUCAAGUUUGACACAUACUGACUGAAUGACUCUGGGCAAGUCAUUAAGCUCCCAAUGGCCCACAAAACUCUUUAUGACUCAGUACAAAGAAAGUGCCAGUCUACACUAGAAAAAGGUGAUUCCUCCUCUUCCAAGAGUUCCUCAAAGCAGUGAAACCACAGGCCUAGUCAUUUUCCCCAUCCCUAAAAAAAUAAAUAUUUAUGUUGUAUUUAUGGAAUUGUAAUAAUUUUAAAAGAAACUUUAUGUAAUUUUAA